UACAAAGAAAUAGAUUAUCAAUAGUUAAAGAAUCUGCAACUAGUAUUGAAUCUCCUAGCACUAUUGCAGACCUUUUUUUAGCAGCAACCUCUUUUUAUGAAUUACCACCUGCAAAUAUUCAAGUUUGUUUUCAAAUACAUGCAUACCAUAUUCGGUUUUCUUUAAAUGAUAGCAUCAUUUCAUUAUUACCUGAUAAAAAUAUACCAAAUGCAUUAGAAACUUUAAUACAGAACUCUAAAAAACUUCAGCUUCUACCUGCUAAAAGAAAGGAUUUUGUUAAACGAUUAACAAACCUUAUUUGGUAUAUUGAUUCAUACUGGCAUAAAUUUACAAGACGCUCUUUUUAUAUGCCACUAUUUGUUCAACAAUUACCAGAAUAUCAAAAAGAUCGAGUUUAUAAUCUUUAUUAUGAAGAGUCACAUCAUAAAAAAGAAGAAAUCAAUUCAGUUCAAAAAUCAAUAGUACAACCAUGGGCUUUAAAAUCAAAAUGGGAAUCAUUUCAAAUAGAAGUGAUACAACUUUGUGAAGCAUGCCAAAAUUAUAUUAGAUAUUUAGAAAUUGAUCAUAUUAAGGUUGAAGAUUUACCAAUAUGUGAAGAUAUUAAACCAAAGUAUCAACCAAUUAUAAAUAUUUUAAAUACAGUUAGGGAAUUUGAACCAAUAUGUAUUGAUGAAUAUUUACCUGUUAACUCUUUAAAAAGACCUGUCUUUUUAAAAGAAAUGAGUUUAUCUUCACCAAUGACUUUAUAUAUAUACUAUUAUGGAAAUUAUCUUG